AUGAUAAAAUUCUUCAUUUCUCUUAACCGCCAGUCUAAGGUUCGCCUCGUGAGAUGGUUCAUUCCAGUAACUUCGAAGGAGAAGAGCUCCAUAAUCCAGGACCUUUCUCACAUGGUAGUAAAUCGCAGCCUUAAGCAGUGUAAUUUUUUAGAAUGGCGUGAAUACAAGGUUGUUUUCAAGAGGUUUGCAAGUUUAUACUUCAUUGCCUGCGUCGACAAGGAUGCCAAUGAGCUCUUGAUUUUAGAGAUGAUUCAACGAUACGUUGAGAUUCUUGAUUCUUACUUUUGUAACGUUUGCGAGCUGGAUCUCGUUUUCAACUUCACCAAGGCAUAUCACCUUUUAGAUGAGAUUUUAAUUGACGGGGAUAUCUACGACACUAAUAAGAAGGGCAUUUUGCGCAACAUGGCUGCCCAGGAUGCCAUGAGUGAGAAGACGAAGACGUUUUCCUCCAAGUCGUGA